AUGGAAAACAUCAUCACCUGCGAUGAAACAUGGUUAUUCCAAUACGAUGUCGAAACUAAGCGGCAAUACAUGCAUUGGAAGACACCUGCAACGCCAAGAAUGAAAAAAGCAAGGAUGUUUAAAUCCAAAUUCAAAGCCAUGCUGGUCGUUUUCUUCGAUAUCAACGGCAUCGUGAUGACUGAAUGGGUUCCAGAGGGUCAAACUGUGAACCAACAUUACUAUUUGACAGUUUUGGCAACACUGCGCGAACGAGUUCGUAAGAAACGGCCGAUGUUGUGGAAAAACAAGUCGUGGAUCUUGCACCAGAAUAACGCACCUGCCCAUAACGCGCUGUCUUUAAAGCGUUAUUUGGCGGCUAAAGGCACUCCAGUGCUCGAACACGCGCCUUACUCACCCUGCGACUUUUACUUGUUUUCGAAGAUCAAGUCUGCCUUAAAAGGAACCCGGUUCGAGUCGAUGGAAGAGGUGAAACGAAAAUCGACGGAACACCUGAAUGGUCUUACGAAAACAGACUUCCAGCACUGCUUCGAGCAAUGGAAGAAACGAAUGAAACGGUGUGUGGUGUUGGCAGAAGAGUAUAUUGAAGGGGAACAUUCGGUUGUGGAAUAA